GCCAAAACGCGCAUCCAAACACGCCCGAUCGGUAGGGUUUUAGCUCUCAAGAAAAGUAAAAACCCUUCGUUUUUCACUGAUUUCCAUCACUCAAAAAAAUAAAGGAAAAAUGGUAAUGUCCGCCGCAUCGACCGCCGCCAGAUCCAUUUUCCGGUCGUCAGCCGUCCGUAACGCCGCCACGAGAUUCGCCUCCGAGGCAAAAUCAGCUCGGUCCGCCCCCUUCCGCCUCCCAUCUAGAGCUCCUCUACUCGCGCACCGCGUCCUCAGGAACCCCGUCGAAUUGAGCGCGUGCCUGGAGUCGAUGCAGCCGUACCACACAGCUACGGCAUCCGCCUUGAUGACGUCGAUGCUCACAGUCUCUAGCUGCGGUUAUGGUUGGCUACCGGAAGGUACUGUUGUUAACUGUAGAUGGGACCCUGAUACCUGUAUAUUCAUUUUCAUUCCAAUGAAGGAUCCUAUAAUGGAGGAGAGGUCAGAUAUCCAGCAACAGAGGUGUCUCACUAACCAUUGUGCUUCUGAUGUAGAAAAUAAAGCCAGGCUUGCAGUGAUGAUCUAUGAUCAGUUCCGUCUUUCAAGGUUUCAAGCAAGGUUCUGUCUAGAAGAUUGUGUACCCGAUAUGAACAUUUUUUCUUCUUGAUCUGUCUUUGUUUGUGUGUGUUUGGACAUGACUUCUUGCCAGCCGAGAGCAGUCGAGAUGAAAUUAAAUAUCAGCCUGAACACUUGUUUGAUGAGAUAUUUGCAAUAUUUUAAUUGAAGGGUUAUUCAUUGUUUGUUAUUUUUGUCUGCUUAAAUCCGGGAAACUCUCGUGUGAUGUGGAAUCUGCAUUUAGGUCUUGCAUGAAAAAUCUUAUAAACUAAAUUUGAUUUCUGAAAGGAGCAGUGAUUGUUUAGCAACUGAAGCAAAAUCUGAAGUUCGAAGGAUACGCUCUUAAAUCAGAUUAUUUCAUCCUUGAUUUUUCCAGGUUGUGAUGAUGCAUGAUUCAAGUUUUUCUCGAGCACUACUAUGAGUACGGUUUAGCGUUUCAUCUUGAUGGCAUCUCGUUUGAAGUUCUGAUGUUACUUUUUGCUUUUUCCCUUUAAAUCGGUUUGUAUUAAAUGCUCAAGUUAGAGCUUCAAGCACUUUGACAUUUGCCAAUUGGUGAAACUGAAGUUCAUUUUGUAUUUUAGAGUCAGAAGCAAGUAAUAAGCCCCCAUUGUUUACUUUUUCGAAAAGAAUUUUUUUGCAAAUGAUCCUGUGAGGCAGCUUAAAAGCUUUAAGUUUGCUUAAUAGCCUAAGUUUUGCGAAUGAUCCUGUCAGAAGCAAGUAAUAAG